AUGGCUAACUUGUUUUCUCUUGGUUUUGUUCUUAUUUAUUUCCAUCUCUCUCGACAGGGUUUCAUCAAAAUCUACAAGCAGUUCUUCCCGCAAGGUGAUCCCAGUAAAUUUGCCUCGCUGGUGUUUCGGGUGUUCGACGAGAAUAAUGACGGAUCGAUCGAGUUCGAAGAAUUCAUCAGAGCACUGUCGAUCACUUCGAGGGGAAACCUGGAUGAGAAGCUACACUGGGCGUUCCGAUUAUACGAUGUUGACAAUGAUGGUUUCAUAACGAGGGACGAAAUGUACAACAUCGUCGAUGCCAUCUAUCAGAUGGUGGGUCAACAGCCGCAGACGGAGGACGAGAACACCCCACAGAAGCGGGUCGAUAAGAUCUUCGACCAGAUGGACAAGAACCACGACGACCGGCUGACGCUGGAAGAGUUCCGCGAGGGCAGCAAGGCCGACCCCCGUAUCGUCCAGGCGCUCAGUUUAGGCGGCGAUUAACCGAACGAUGACUCGCGGGAUCAGGCGCCACCCCCGCAGCGGUCGUACCAGUACGACGAGCAGCACAAUAUCGAAUUACAGCGGACGCCCAGCAACGUCUACUAGAACUGGCAGGAGCGCGAGUUCGAGGGCGCCGCGAGAGAGCGAGGCGGGAGUGAGAGAAGGAUGCAAGGGAAGGAGAGUUAUGGUGAGCGCCGCUGCCUGCGAGGUUAUGUUCAGUUUUCGUUCGCUUGCUUUGACUUGCUGUCAAAAUCGCAUCAACGUUUCGUUUUCUACGACAAAGCAAGCCGCGCUUGAAGCUAAUCCAAAUGACAAUGACAGUUCUUCAAUCUUUUUGGCUGUUCUAGUUUAAUAAUAAGCGUUCGAGUGACUGUUUUUGCUACCAAAAAGGAUGAAGGGGAGUGUGAAACUUUUUGCGGAAAACUUGAAAACAAUCGAAUAGCAUUUAUCAAUCUUUAAACCAAGUUACACUUAACUAAGAGAAUCUCCUGAAACGUUUAGGGAACUGCUUCUUCUAAUCCAGUACUUUUAACAGAUUAAAAAUUGUGAAAUCAAGAAUUGUUACUAUACUCUAACGAAUAAUACGCGCAAUCUGACAAGUGAACUAAAAGUUUAAAUCUUUAUGCUAAACUAAAACCAAAACAAAGCGUUCAGCGCAAUCAGUAAUGCUAGAUAAAUAGUAGAAAAUCUCAAUGUUUGUUCAGUUUUUUGCUUGGCUAAUGAAGGUAAACUGCGAGAAUGGAGAAAGACAUCGAAGUCGACGGGGAACUGAUUUGUGACAUCCAAAACUGUCAAUCGGAACCGUCAGAUUUGAUUGAAACUGAAAAAAAAACAUUGCACCCAACCACUCACAAUUCAAUUUUCAGCAGCACACCAAGUUUAACAUACCUUGCACCCCAGUUUACAGUUGUUUACGCAGAGAAACGUCUCAGAGACAGAUCUUUAUUUACAAACAAAAAAUCGGCAACACAAAUUGGAAAUUGUGACAGCGGAAGCAAAAAAAACAACACAAGUUGCAAACUAUGCUGAGAAAAAAAAAAAGACGAGUUACUCAUAAGUGUGUACAUUUGAGACAUGAAAAAAUGCCAAAAACAAACAGAAACCUAGUUUAUAGACAUGACAGCGGUUGGUCGACCGCAACAAACGGCAGCAGCACAGCAUGUAAAAAUAGCAUUAUUUGUUAUCAAAUUUUAACUAACAAACAAAAAGCAAAACGGUCGCAGUGACAGAUUAUUGAUAUUAACAAAAAAAACAAACGCUAAUUCUAUUGUUGUUAUUGAAAGUAAACAAAACAGAAAACUGAAAAUCUUAUCGUAAACAAUCGUAGCUAAGGUGUGCGCAAACAAACCAAUUCGGAAAACGUCCGCUGACAGGUGGAAGCAAGAGAAAAUCAAAAACACGCAAUUCGUUGUCAUGGAGAUAGGCACUGUAUAAAAAUUUGGAGUGGAAUGGAAGCUACGAUAAAAACAAAAAAAAAAUAACGCAAUGAAAGCAAUAACUUGAAAACACAGACACACACAUAAACAAACAAACAAGCAGACCGAAAACGAACCGCAUUCGAAUGUUAUUCACUUUUUAGACGCGAGGACGGUACGAUACGAACGUGUUUCAAUUUGAAUCUCGCCGUGUGUUGUUAGGACUCAAACGAAGCAAAAUAAGAAACUAGAAAAGUAAACACCAAAUGACAGAUCGGCAAGUUUGAUGAAUCUUAUAGGUGUUUGUGUUGUUAAUUCACCAUUGUUCGUGAACCAGUCGCCGGAAUCAUCCGAAAAGAAAUGUCAAACGAAUGACGCAUAGUCAGUAAUCCAACCCAUCAAUGAGAAGUGAAGAGAAAUUGCGAAACUAAAGUUAAAUUGUUUAAAAAAAACUGAAAAGAGAAAUCGAUUAGAGAUUUUUUACCGCAGAAUACAAACACACUGAGUGAAACAAGCAGCGGAGUUUCGUUUGAUCGAGCACACAUAAAAACAGAGGAAAACGAAACAGUCAACAAACGUAAGUAAAACUAAGUAACCAUUUCCGUCUCAGUGCAAAGUUGAACAGACAGACCUGUGAGAGUAGAGAGAACAAAAACAUACAUUCAGCUAGAUAAAUCUUUACCUCCGUACAAGAAAACGGCAUAUAGAAGGUUAUCAUAACUGCGGAGGGGUUUUGGUUGUGCGGCACCGAGGGCAAAACUGUCGUUUACAAAUCUCGUUAGCUAACAAUUCUAUCUACCAUUCUGUCUAAUGCUCAAAGAGCUUUCACAGCUUUCUUGGAAAGAAGUUGUCAAGCGUCUUUGGACAGAAGUUCUUCAAGCUCCCAACUCUUCGAGCCAUCCGAACUCUUUCAGGAAAGAGCUUUCCAAGCUCUCUUGAAAAGAAGCUUUACAAGUCCUCUAGUAAAGGAGCUUUCCAAGAUCUUUCGAAAAGGAGCAUUUCAAGCGUCCUUAGAUAGAAACUUUCCAAGUGCUCUUGGAGGGGAGCUUUCCAAAGCUCUCUUGGAGAGGAGCUUUCCAGAGCUCUCUUGGAGAGGGCUUUCCAAAGCUCUCUUGGAGAGGAGCCUUCCAGAGUUCUCUUGGAG